AUGGAAAGUAAGAUUUUCACGAUCAUCAAGGACUCUUAUAUACCCGUAGAUAAGAUUUCCCUUAGUAGAGGCACCAAGCGAGGCAUGCGAACUACAAUAGAGCUUCACAUGACCCCGUCCCCGAACCAUAGCCGUUCAACUACGAAGAGCAUGCAUCUACGACCGAACAAAAUUAAUAUCAAAAAUCAACAACAGAAUGCCCCUGUAUUAAGCGACAAUAAACUACUGUAUGAGGAUAAAUUCACCGUAGAACCUAAUACAAUACCUACAAAUAGCAGAAAUUGGAAUUAUCACGACACUAACGCGGGGUCUAUUGGCUACAAAACAUACUUCCACACAAUACAACAACUUUCUACAUGUCUCACGGAAAACUUAGAUAUUACUUCAGACACAAGCUAUAUUAAUGUGGCUUUAUACAAAAUACAAACAUGUUUCUGA